AUGUCUGCUAUGACGGGUCCAAGAUCACCCUCCUCCCCCUGGCCUUCGGAGUCCACAAACCUGCAGCUUGCAGGCCAUUCAACUACAGCGCCUUACUCGUUUCACACGUCUUCGCGCAGUCCUGGAACUCGCCCCCAUUAUGCAGGAGCCGAUUGCACCGGCUCCGGUUAUUUCUCUAUCAGCGUGGACAAUUCUGCCAACGCCAGAUGCGGUCCGCCAUCCUUCUCUCAAGCAACUGCUCCCGGUCCGGGGUCGCUUUUGGGCAACAAAAUGCUGGAUGGUAUGAGCCCUCGGAAGACUCCGAUUGAGUCUGAAGAAAACAAAGGACUAUCUAUGCAUAAGAGUCCUCUCAAUCCUGCCACCUCUCUGGAGCCCAAGUUCGGAAAUUGUCACGCCAUCUCAGUUGAUCGCUGUGCGGAGCUGCUUGGUUCAUGUCAGCAUGACGUCAUGCUCCUAGACGUGCGGCCGUAUGCACACUUCGCCAAAAGAAAUAUCAAAGGUUCAUUAAAUCUUUGCAUCCCAACAACCCUUCUUAAACGCCUUUCAUUUGAUACACAGAAGUUGGAAAACACGUUUUCGGAUGAAUCUGACCGACGGAAUUUUGCCAAAUGGAGACACUGUCGAUACAUUGCCGUGUAUGAUGCAGCCACAUCUGACAUAAAAGACUCCGUGCCUCUGGCGAACGUACUGAAAAAAUUUACCGCCGAAGGAUGGAAUGGCGAAGGACUGAUAUUGCUUGGUGGCUUCAAUGCUUUCUCCGACCGUUUUCCUGGGUUCAUACAACAACAAUCGCCACUCCCUAAAAAGCCAACGUCGAUGCAUCUUAAUCUUCCGUCUGGUGCUCCAAUCGCGGGUGGGUGUGCCUUGCCGGACGCCUUUCGCCCUGCAAUCCCGUUCUUUGGAAACAUUCGUCAGCACAUGGAUCUACUUGGCGGUGUUGGCCAAAUACCACUGCAGCUUCCGAAGGGGCUUACCGAGUCUAAACAGAAACUGCUCCCUGCCUGGCUUCGUAAAGUAGCCGAUCCGGCAGAUAAGGGAUUGGAUGUCUCUGAAAAAUUCUUAGAUCUCGAGAAAAGAGAGUUGGAGCGCAUGAAGCAAGCCUUGUCAUACAAUCAGUCUGCCGACGCAUCCAGGUUUAAAGUCGCGGGAAUCGAAAAGGGCACGAAAAACAGAUACAACGAUGUUUAUCCUUUUGACCAUACCCGAGUCAAACUACUGGAUAUACCUCCUGGUGGUUGUGACUAUGUGAAUGCAAAUUACAUGAAAGCGGAGUAUAGUGACAAAUGCUAUAUUGCCACGCAGGCUCCUGUGCCGGAUACAUUUAAUGACUUUUGGCGUGUGAUAUGGGAGCAAGACAUAAGACUCAUCGUUUCCUUGACUGCAGAGGUCGAAAGAGGCCAGGUCAAGUGCCAUCCCUACUGGGAAUCUGGGUCUUAUGGGCCUUUCCAGAUCCAUAAUUUUGCCCAGAAAUACAUCUACAUGGAUGAUCCCGGGUUAGAGCAGGUUGACAGACCAAAAAAAUCUGCCACGGACUCGAACGAAGGUUCCGAGAAUUCUUGCAUCAUUGUACGACAUUUCAGCCUAUCACAUACUGCGUUCCCAUUCCAGCCGCUUCGUGAGGUCACCCAGCUGCAAUACCCAUACUGGCCUGAUUUUGGCACUACCUCGCAGCCAACGCAUCUCCUGAAAUUGAUCGCACAAUGCGAUAAAGUCAGAAAUGAAACGGUCAAUCGAUCACGGCCAAUGGUGGCACAGCCUAUACUGGUGCACUGCAGUGCAGGAUGUGGUCGCACCGGUUCUUUCUGCACUGUCGAUAGUGUCUUGGGCAUGCUUAAACACCCCCUGGAGAGCACUGCACAACGAAAACAUGUCGCAAAAGAUGCCCCCGCCCAUGAAAAUUGGACACACAAUGAAAAUUUAGAUCUUAUAGCGAAAGCCGUUGCCGAUUUCCGUACCCAAAGGCCCAGCAUGUCCGAUUCUCUUGAUUUGCCUUUGCGAAAGACACCCCCAAGAGAUCCUCUGGUCAACACGGCCUCCUUGAUCGGUGCCAUGCUUCUGAAUCUCCCGACAGAACUGAUCGAACUUGUUCUUUACCACUCCAGCACGCCCACCUUUCUAGAGGCUGCGUUUUCCUGUCGCACUCUCUAUGAAAUUGCGUCAAACUGCCGAGAGGUGAUCCUGCAUCAUCUCCGCCACACCCCAGGCUUGAAUACUGCUACCCAAUCGCUCCAGUCGAAGCAGCUGUUUAGUGUGCUUGUGGGCCGUGCACACCAGCAGCUUUAUGGUGCCCAAUUCCGUGCACAUUGCACAAAAUUCCAGGCCGAUGCAACUACACUUGAUGCUCAGGCCUCAUCAUUUGCUCCCCAUGACCAAAUAGUCGUUCUUGCGCUCAAAGAUCAAGAAGGUGUCCACAUCUUCCAAGCUGAAAAUGGCGAUCUUCGACACAAGGCUCAAUUCAAGUUGUCUCUAGGCCAACCAGGCAAAACUCAAGUUCUCAGAACAGCCUUCGACGGCGAAGACGGCGUCUAUGUCCUUCACAAGUUUGAUCCUGCUGUGGCUGAAGAUGAUUUAGAGCCAGAUCAUCCAUUUGUCAAGCAAGCUCUGCAGUCAAGGGCCAGUGGCGGUCACAUCUACCUUACCCGCCAUUCGUAUCAAUCCCGUCAUGAUCCAGUCAGAGUAUGUGCAUUCCCGGAUCAAACGGAUUAUCGGCCUCUGGCUCUCUCUGUUGCCCACAGGGAUACUUUUGCGAUAUCCUGGCAGCAUGUCCGCGAACACGCUACCCAUCGUGCAGAGGAUUGGACCGUCGCUUGUUUGCUGAAGUCCGAAUCGGUCUGUCAGUCUCGCAACUGUGAGCAUGUUAUGAACUUAGAACGAGGCCGACGAUUUCCCGACUGGUCCAUAGUCGCACGACUCUGGGGCUUCCAAAGCUCGACUAACUCCCUCGGUUGCAUCGUGGCUGCCUCGAAAAGCGGCACCCGGAUUGCUGUGGCCAACUGGAAAGUCCUCUACGUCUGGGCCCUAGAGCCCACGGCGCUCAUACAACAGAAUGAAAAUGGAUUCUACCCGCCUUCGUCACAAUCUGGCGAAACGAUUGAGCUACGGCCCAUUGCACUUCCUCUGGACGCCGUGUGCUUUAAGCUGAAGUUUAUGCAUAACGAAGACGAACUAAUAGCUUUCACGGAUCGGGGAGUGAUGCAUUGGGAUCUUCGCCCAUCUGGAAGAGGUUUGCGGAUAAACAAACAACUUGAUAUCAAACAGAGCGUAUGCUUGGCUCGGGAUAUGGUGUGA